UGGUUUCCUUUGGCGUCAGUCCGCGCUCCUUCGAUCCACCGUAGAAGCGUUACUAGAAUGUAACCAGUCUCGGUAAAACCUCGUAGCGAGCCAAAGGGAUCGUAGAUACUUUUUCUAAAAAGUGUACUUGGAUAUUUUUUCAAAGUAGUAACAAAGGAUAUGGCAUCCGUGUGGUUACCCUCCUAUCCUCCACUGAUUCGUCCGAUUCGUCGAACCGUUCGUUACGUCAGCGGCUGUCAUCCGUCGACCGUCCGUAAAGAUAAUUUAGUCAACAUGACAUGCCCAUUCUUGACCCGCCUAUCUCCGAAUUAUGUACGUAAUUAUGGAACGUCGUUAAUCUCGAACUAUCGUAAACACUGCCCGAUAAUGUCCCGACUCUUUGGUACGACCGAAUCCCUCGAACCCCAAGUGCAGCUACCUAUGGAAAACCGGAGUCCGUUUCUGUCCAACGAACAGCCUGCCAUUAAGGAGGUAAGCCCCUUGGUAGAGGAGGACGUUACGAACCUGAACGCAACUCCAAAAGAAAAAGAAGAAUCUAAAGAAGAUGCCACUUUUCCAUAUAAAGAGUUCUUUCACGAGCAAAUCGUCAAAAAGAAGAAAGAUCACUGUUAUAGAGUCUUCAAAAAGGUGAAUCGUCUGAGGGAAAAAUUCCCUGCAGCUUUGGAAUAUUCGUAUGGCGAAACACCUAUUACCAUUUGGUGUUCGAACGAUUAUUUGGGAAUGUCCCGUCAUCCAGCUGUGACGGACUCGGUUCGCAAGGCUUUGGAUAAGUUUGGAGCAGGUGCUGGAGGAACCAGAAACAUAUCGGGCAACUCUAUGGGCCAUGAGAUGUUAGAGAAGAGACUGUCUACUUUGCAUCGUAAAGAGGCUGGAUUACUAUUUACUUCGUGUUUCGUUGCCAACGAUUCGACUUUGUUCACUCUGGCUAAGCAAUUGCCAGGUUGUUGCAUUUUUUCUGAUGCAGGUAAUCACGCAUCCAUGAUUCAAGGCAUACAAAACAGUGGUGCUAAGAAAUUUAUCUUUAGGCACAAUGACGCUCAACAUCUGGAGGAGCUUCUGUCAAAGGUGAAUAAAGAGGUUCCCAAGAUUGUGGCAUUUGAAACGGUGCAUUCCAUGACAGGUGACAUUUGUCCCCUAGAGGAGCUUUGUGACGUAGCUCAUAAAUAUGGUGCAUUAACCUUUGUCGACGAGGUGCACGCAGUCGGUCUAUAUGGUUAUACCGGUGCCGGCAUCGGUGAGAGGGAUCGGGUUUUACAUAAAAUGGAUAUUAUCUCUGGAACCCUUGGCAAAGCAUUUGGUAACAUAGGAGGAUACGUGGUUGGUUCGGCAGAGCUAAUAGACACGAUCAGAAGUUAUGCGGCAGGGUUUAUCUUUACUACAUCGUUACCACCUACGGUCCUCUAUGGCGCCCUGGCGGCGAUUGAAAUUUUAUCUUCGGAUGAAGGAAGGUCUUUGCGAGCGGAACACCAAAAAAACGUCGCAUACAUGAAAUCCAUCCUCGUAGCUGCUGGCCUUCCGGUAGAGCCUUCUCCAUCGCAUAUCAUUCCGAUAAGAAUUGGAGAUCCCUUGCUGGGUAGCCAAUUGGCAGAAGCACUGCUACGGGAAAAGGGGCAUUAUAUUCAAGCAAUUAACUACCCUACCGUGCCAAAGGGCCAGGAAAAACUUAGAUUAGCCCCUACCCCUAUGCAUAGUCAAAUGAUGAUGGAUAAAUUUGCACAAGAUGCUUUGGAUAUUUUUCUUCGGCUGAAUGCACGCAAAAUAGAACCCAAGCUGAAUGAAUUGACCCACGCGAUUUUAGUUCAUUGAAAAAUUUAUAUAUUGUGACAAAUAGAUAUAUAUUGUAUAAAUGAAACGAACCUUCAUGUAAAAUUCUAUUUGUCAGGAAUCAAGUUCUGUUAGGGUAUAUUAUAUAGAAGGAAGCUAUUUGGUUAGAAUUACUUAGGGUUAAUUUUCAUUUCAGUUACACCUAUAUAGACUUUGUACAUACAAAUUGUCCUAUUUCAUCUCUAAUACAUCUGAGAAUGUAUCUUGGAA